AUUUUCUGUUACAUUCUACGUUGUUACUAUAUGACAUACAUGCAUAUAUAUUACUUUAAACACUCAAUAAGAACUUUUGUUUACCAAUUACUCAGGCAACCGAGGAAAUUAUAAUGAGUGACGAUGAUCGAGAUAUCGACAUUGAGAGCGAUGAAGGUGAUGAUUCCGAUUCUAGACAAAGGCAUUCAAAUAAUACCCAAUAUUAUUCUCAAGCUGAAAAACGGGCACAUCAUAAUGCAUUGGAACGCAAGCGUAGAGAUCACAUUAAAGAUAGUUUCUCAAGCCUUAGAGAUUCAGUACCUGUUCUACAAGGAGAAAAAGUUGCAAGUAGAGCACAAAUACUCAAAAAAGCUGCAGAGUAUAUACAAUUCAUGCGUCGUAAAAAUUCUUCACAUCAACAAGAUAUUGAUGACUUGAAACGUCAAAAUAGCCUCUUAGAAUCUCAAAUUAGGGCACUUGAAAAAGCAAAAAUAACAGGCAAUUUUGCUGCAGAGACUUGUGAAGUCACAAAGUCAGAAGGUGUAGCAAUGCCGGGAUAUAAUGACACAGAAUCUGAAUCAUCAGACAGUGAAACAAGCAGAACUGUACGUCAAUCAAAAAAACUGAAAGUUGGAAGCCUUCAUCAUUGACCAACAGUAAUCCAAUAUUUAUUCUGACAAGAAUUAAUUUUUUCAUUGUAAUUAAAUAUUAUAUAAAUAUUUAUUUUCAAGACACUUGCUCACUGUAAACCAAAAAGAAAAAAAAUCUUUCAGUGAAGUUUUGAAUGUCUUAGAGCUAGUGUACAAAAUAUUAAAUAAAGAUAAUAUUAUUAUUGUUUCAUUUAAAAAUGAAACAAUACAUUAUAAAUUA